AAGCCCCUCGUAGAACAGUUUAAAACCAGCCUGAGGUCCGUCUCUUUUCAGACAUCCUCAGACAGUGGAAACUAGUGAAUAGGGCCACUGUUAAUUACGUAUCAGCUGCAAAGUGAAUGUAUUUUAAUGCAAGUUCGGGGUGCGGCAACAUUUUAUUUAUAUAUUUAUAUAUUAUAUAUAUAUUUAUAUUUAUAUAUUUAAUCUUACCUCUUAGCAUAAGAGAAAGGGAGUAUAAAGUACUGAAGGACAUUUAACGUGCUUACAUUGGUGCCGAAAAUGCACAUCAACUCCAUUUUAUUUUCUGCUGUAAUAAUGGCAGCAGUGUCACUGAUGUUGACCACUGCAGCUGCUGCUGACCCGAGGGAUUUCUGUUUCUGGACUAAAGUCACGUCGAACGGUGAGACCCAUCUCAGCUUUCUCCGACACCACAGCGAAACUCACGACGCCUCCUCCUCAUCCCUCCAUCUCUACCACAGUGUGUGGUCGGUGGAGAAUAGACUGGUCAACUGCGCAGUGAGUGACGACACGGCCGUUACAGACAGCUACAUGUCUGUGUGUCGGGAGAAGAACACCACAGGAGAGUUCUCUAACCGUCCUUGUGAACGUUUUGAUGUCAGUGCGCCGUCUGAACUUGAAAGCCACUGCGCUCCUGUUAGCUCUCCAACGGUCACCCAGCGCGAAGCCGUUGGAGAUGCCUCUGAGGAACAUAGAGAGACAAGGCGUAAGAGGCACGCACGGAGCGUUAUUGAUGAUAUAGCGUUCCAGAAUCCUCUUGGAGACGGCGGUGACAGUUCCAGGGAUGAGAAGCAAACCCAUCGGCGCGUAAAACGGGGUCUCAUCGUGCCGGGAACGCUUUGGUGCGGCUCAGGGAACAAGGCGGCGGCCUAUGACGAUUUAGGUGUGUUUGCAGAGACAGACAGUUGCUGCAGGGAGCAUGACCAAUGUCAGGACACCAUCCUGUCGUUCCAGACCAACUAUGGAGUUUUCAACACAAACAUUUUCACCCUGUCCCACUGCCACUGUGAUAACAGGUUUCACCAGUGUUUGCUGGGGGCUGAGGACAGUAUUUCAGACACAGUGGGAUACGUCUUCUUCAACCUGCUGAAGAUGCACUGCUUUGAGUUCUCCCACAGACUACAGUGCUCUCAGAGGAACUGGUUUGGCAUGUGUCAACAGUAUGAUAUGUCUCUGUAUGCUGUGGUCCAUCCUCCCACCUUCUACAACUCCACCCAGCCAGACCCUGACUUAGAGGAGGAUGACAUGGCUGACAAUACCACCACUACCAUCUCCACCCAGCCAGACCCUGACUUAGAGGAGAAUGACAUGGCUGACAAUACCACCACUACCAUCUCCACCCAGCCAGACUCUGACUUAGAGGAGGAUGACAUGGCUGACAAUACCACCACUACCAUCUCCACCCAGCCAGACCCUGACUUAGAGGAGGAUGACAUGGCUGACAAUACCACCACUACCAUCUCCACCCAGCCAGACCCUGACUUAGAGGAGGAUGACAUGGCUGACAAUACCACCACUACCAUCUCCACCCAGCCAGACUCUGACUUAGAGGACGAUGACAUGGCUGACAAUACCACCACUACCAUCUCCACCCAGCCAGACCCUGACUUAGAGGAGGAUGACAUGUCUGGCAAUACCACCACUACCAUCUCCACCCAGCCAGACCCUGACUUAGAGGAGGAUGACAUGGCUGACAAUACCACCACUACCAUCUCCACCCAGCCAGACUCUGACUUAGAGGACGAUGACAUGGCUGACAAUACCACCACUACCAUCUCCACCCAGCCAGACUCUGACUUAGAGGGGGAUGACAUGGCUGACAAUAACACCACUACCAUCUCCACCCAGCCAGACUCUGACUUAGAGGAGGAUGACAUGGCUGACAAUACCACCACUACCAUCUCCACCCAGCCAGACUCUGACUUAGAGGAGGAUGACAUGGCUGACAAUACCACCACUACCAUCUCCACCCAGCCAGACUCUGACUUAGAGGAGGAUGACAUGGCUGACAAUACCACCACUACCAUCUCCACCCCCACUUCCACCUCCCCCUCCAACUCUACCACCUCCUCCUCCACAUCCAUCUCCACCUCCUCUUCCUCCUCCACUUCCAACUCUACCACCUCCAUCUCCACCUCCUCUACCUCCCUCUCCACAUCUCCCACCACCUCCAUCUCUACCUCCUCUACCUCCAUCUCUUCCUCCACCAUCUCUACCUCCAUCUCCACAUCUCCCUCCACCACUUCAACCUCUCCCACCACCUUUCCCUACAUUGCCACUUCCACCUCUCCCUCCACCUCCUCCACAUCCACCCACACCACUCCUUCCAGUGCUGCCCCAGCAGACCUCACCCCAGGGGGUCAGAGUGGAACACCAGCCUCUGGCUCGCCUGUCAUCCACCCUUACCCUGGAGAGGACAAUAUGGUUGCCAAUAUUUCUCCCACCUUCACCACUGGCACUGCUACUGCUAUAGGGACCCAGAGUAGCACCUCGGGACUAGAAACCUCAGCCUCGGGCCCAGCAUUGGCUUUGGCCUCGCCAGCUGAACCCACCCACCAUACUGGCCUGACUCUGCCUAAGUCUAACCAGGACACAGCAAGCACAGGGAAGCAGCAUGUGUAUGUGUGUGAUGUAUACAGAGACCUGGAUGACUGCAGGUUUAAGAUCCCUGCUCACCAGAAGAGAUACAGCCUCCUCAACCCAGAACCCAGGACCCUCUUCCACUGCAACUGUACCAGCAGACUGUCUGAGGUUCUGGUUCAGCAGAAGGAGAUAUCUGGGGUUCAGACUAUCCUGUUGAAGUACAUCUCUCUGUCCUGCUUCACAUUACAGCCACAGGUCUGCACACAGGGGACAAGCUGCUCGGCUUCUCUGGUCAAACCCUCUCCUGCUCAGCUGGAGCAGCAAAAGAUCAAUGGUGGAGGCAUGGAGGAGUGGCGCCAUCUACAGGCCGCUGGCCACAACGGCAGGAGGCCCAAAUCUAGAUGGGCCAAACGCAGACUACACAAACUCUGCAUCAGGAUGACCAGGAAGCACAGUCAAUGUGCUUUAGUAGAAGAUGCAGUGCCAAUGUGAUGCAAUGUUGUCUGAUCUAUUUAGCCAUCCCAUUUCCUCCCCUAUGGGAUAUAGAUACUAUUUAUUUUUGUAAUUGACAUUUGAGUAAUUGUAAAUCCAGAUGACUCCAGAGCUGCUUAUAGUUAGGUCAUUCACUUUAAAAGAUAGCUAGGUGAGACAUCCACAUCAGCAAACUCAGUGCAAGUAGGAAAAAAAACAAGUGCAAGUUUUUGUUGUUGUUGGAGGGAUAAUCUACUAAUAGCAGUUGUAAAUAGUGAUAUGUGUAUCAGGGCCUUACUGCUGUAAAGGAAAAACUCUGUUUCAAGUCCUGAAUGUAAAUAUCUAAGCUACUGUACUAUAGUGUAAAAUACUUUUUUUUAACUACUGUCUAUGCUCAGCAUUCAUUUAAUACUUUAUCUUACUGCAAAUUGUACAUAUAAGUUACUUGUAUAGAAACACAUAUCAUUAUCAAAGACAAACAGUGUUUGCAUGUAAUGUUUUUAUUGAUUAUUUGUUUACCCUGUAAUAAUCCAGACUGUAUCACAACCUGCGGUGAUUGGCAGUCCCAUAGAGCGGCGUUCAAGUUCGACCGGUGUAGGCCGUCAUUGUAAAUACGAAUUUGCGCUUAACUGACUUGACUGGUUAAAUAAAGGUUCAAUCAAAUAAAACAUUGUUUUUUAAAUAAACACUGACAGAGCCUGUAUGCUAUUUCUUACUGUUGUCUUUACAAUGCUGUCAAUUUGAUGACACAUUAAACUACACUAUAUCAAAGA